AUGGAGCAGGGUUUUGGAUGGAUGGUUUUCACAGCUUUGGUGGGUGGGUCUGUUGCAAUAUAUUUGUUGCUAAAGAGUGCAAAUCAAUGGUACUAUGUGAGUAGGUUGGGUAGAGAGCUGUAUCCACUUCCUCCAGGUGAUAUGGGGUGGCCUUUGAUCGGGAACAUGUGGUCCUUCCUAUUUGCUUUUAAGUAUGGUGACCCUGAUUCAUUCAUAUCCAACAUGGUUGCCAGAUUUGGUCGCACAGGAAUCUACAAGGCUUACAUGUUUGGAAGCCCAAGCAUCAUUGUCACAUUGCCCGAAACAUGCAAACAAGUGUUGAUGGAUGAUGAAAGUUUUAAAUCAGGUUGGCCUAAAUCAACUAAUGAAUUAAUGGGGAGGAAAUCAUUUUUGGGCUUAUCUGGUGAAGAACACAAGCGUCUGCGCAGGCUUACAGCAGCACCAAUUAAUGGCCACAAGGCACUGUCUAUGUACCAUGAGUACAUCAAGGAAGUAACCAUAAAUUCAUUAGAUGAACUUGCUAAGACCAACAAACCAAUUGAGUUCUUGAUUGAGGUCAAGAAGAUCACCUUUAAAAUUAUUAUGCACAUUUUUUUGGGCAGUGAGGUUGAUCCAAUGAUGAAGACUUUGGAGGAGGAGUACGCUAAUCUAAAUAAUGGAUUAAGAGCCAUGGCCAUUAACCUGCCUGGAUUCGCAUUCUAUAAGGCACUUAAGGCUCGGAAAAAGCUGGUAAAGAUCCUUCAAGCUGUUGUUGAUGGAAGAAGGGCAAGAAAAAGUGGCAAUCUUUCAGAGACACAGAAGGAUAUGAUGGAGUUAUUAAUGGAUGUUGAAGAGAAUGGCAGAAAAUUGGACGAUGAGGAGAUCAUAGACAUAAUCCUUAUGUACUUGAAUGCUGGCCAUGAAUCUUCAGCCCAUGCCACAAUGUGGGCAACCCUCUUUUUACAACAACAUCCAGAAUGUCUCCAAAAAGCCAAGAGAGAGCAAGAGGAGAUUAUUAGAGGAAGACCAUCAACAGAGAAAGGAUUGAUCUAUAAAGAAAUUAAACAAAUGGAAUAUCUCUCCAAGGUUAUUGACGAGACGUUGCGGGCAGUUACUAUUUCAUUGUUUACUUGUCGUGAGGCAAAAACUGAUGUUAGCAUCAAUGGUUAUACAAUACCACAAGGAUGGAAAGUGUUAGUUUGGUUUAGGGGAGUUCACAUGGAUCCAGAAAAUUAUCCGAACCCCAAAGACUUUAAUCCUUCGAGAUGGGAAGAGAAUAAACACAAAGUUGGAACUUUUUUUCCCUUUGGAAGAGGGACUAGGCUAUGCCCCGGAAGUGAUUUGGCAAAACUUGAAAUUUAUACUUUUCUUCAUUAUUUUCUCCUUGAUUACGAACUUGAACCACUAAACCCAGGAACUGCUGUGACAUACUUACCUCAUUCAACGCCUGGAGACAAUUGUCUUGCGAAAAUCAAGAAGCUCUCAUCAUCAUCAUCAUCUUACAAAAAAGUCUAG